AGGACGGACGGAAGAAAGGAAGGAAAGAAGGAAGGAAGGACGGAAGCCUGGAAAGAAGGAGGAAGGAGGCAGGAAUCCGGCGGGCGCGGGGCCAAGCGGCCCCCCCCUGCACCCCGAUCUGCGCGGGGCUCCCACACCCGGGGCCCGGGGGCAUCGAGGCCCUGCCGGCCGCAGCCCCGCCCCCGCCGCGGGCCUCGCACCCCAAUCCCGGCGCCCCCUGGGGGGUCCCCCCCGCAGAGCAUGCUGCCCCCCGGAAGGAGCCCGCCCGCCCCCCCCGGCGCCCCCGCGGAGCAUGACCAUUGAGGAUGGCGCGCGCCCGCGGCUCCCCGCGCCCCCCGCGGGCCCCCGGUAGGAUGUCCUGGCCCCGCGGGGCUCUGCUCCUCCUCUGGCUCUGCUCCCCGCCCCUGGGGGCUGGCGGGGGUGGCGUGGCCGUGGCGGCGGCCGCCGGCGGGGGCUCCCCGCCCGCCACCUCGUGCCCCGCGGCCUGCUCCUGCAGCAACCAGGCCAGCAGGGUGAUCUGCACGCGGCGGGAGCUGUCCGAGGUCCCCGCCAGCAUCCCGGUCAACACGCGCUACCUGAACCUGCAGGAGAACGGCAUCCAGGUGAUCCGCACCGACACCUUCAAGCACCUGCGGCACCUGGAGAUCCUGCAGUUGAGCAAGAACCUGGUCCGCAAGAUUGAGGUGGGUGCCUUCAACGGGCUGCCCAGCCUGAACACACUGGAGCUGUUCGACAACCGGCUGAGCACGGUGCCCACGCAGGCCUUCGAGUACCUGUCCAAGCUGCGGGAGCUGUGGCUGCGCAACAACCCCAUCGAGAGCAUCCCCUCGUACGCCUUCAACCGCGUGCCGUCGCUGCGGCGCCUGGACCUGGGCGAGCUCAAGCGGCUGGAGUACAUCUCGGAGGCGGCCUUCGAGGGCCUGGUGAACCUGCGCUACCUCAACCUGGGCAUGUGCGACCUCAAGGACAUCCCCAACCUCACGGCCCUCGUGCGCCUGGAGGAGCUCGAGCUGUCGGGCAACCGGCUGGACCUCAUCCGGCCCGGCUCCUUCCAGGGCCUCACCAGCCUGCGGAAGCUGUGGCUCAUGCACGCGCAGGUGGCCACCAUCGAGCGCAACGCCUUCGACGACCUCAAGUCGCUGGAGGAGCUCAACCUGUCGCACAACAACCUCAUGUCUCUGCCCCACGACCUGUUCACGCCCCUGCACCGCCUCGAGCGCGUGCACCUCAACCACAACCCGUGGCACUGCAACUGCGACGUGCUGUGGCUCAGCUGGUGGCUGAAGGAGACCGUGCCCAGCAACACGACGUGCUGCGCGCGCUGCCACGCGCCCGCCGGCCUCAAGGGGCGCUACAUCGGCGAGCUCGACCAAUCGCACUUCACCUGCUACGCGCCCGUCAUCGUGGAGCCGCCCACCGACCUGAACGUCACUGAGGGCAUGGCGGCCGAGCUCAAGUGCCGCACGGGCACGUCCAUGACGUCGGUGAACUGGCUGACGCCCAACGGCACGCUGAUGACGCACGGCUCCUACCGCGUGCGCAUCUCCGUCCUGCACGACGGCACGCUCAACUUCACCAACGUCACGGUGCAGGACACCGGCCAGUACACCUGCAUGGUCACCAACUCGGCGGGCAACACCACGGCGUCCGCCACGCUCAACGUGUCGGCCGUGGAGCCCGGACCCGGCGGUGCGGGGCCCGGGGGCGCGGGGGGCGGCGUGGGGGGCCCCGGGGGCGCGGCCGGAGGCUACACCUACUUCACCACCGUCACCGUGGAGACUCUGGAGACGCAGCCCGGUGAGGAGGCUCUGCAGCCCCGCGGCACUGACAAGGAGCCCCCGGGGCCCACCACGGACGGCGCGUGGGGCGCGGGCCGGCCCGGGGACGCGGCCGGAGCCCCCUCCGCCUCCACCGCCGCGCCUGCGCCGCGCUCGUCGCGGCCCACGGAGAAACCGUUCACGGUGCCCAUCACGGACGUGACGGAGAACGCGCUCAAGGACCUGGACGACGUCAUGAAGACCACCAAGAUCAUCAUCGGCUGCUUCGUGGCCAUCACCUUCAUGGCGGCCGUCAUGCUGGUGGCCUUCUACAAGCUGCGCAAGCAGCACCAGCUCCACAAGCACCACGGGCCCACGCGCACCGUGGAGAUCAUCAACGUGGAGGACGAGCUGCCCGCCGCCUCCGCCGUCUCUGUGGCUGCCGCCGCCGCCGUAGCAGGGGGCGCGGGUGGGGACAGCCACCUGGCCCUGCCCGCCCUGGAGCGCGACCACCUCAACCACCACCACUACGUGGCGGCCGCCUUCAAGGCGCACUACGGCGGGGGCAACCCGGGUGGGGGGGGCAAGGGCCCCGGGGGCCUCAACUCCAUUCACGAACCUCUGCUCUUCAAAAGCGGCUCCAAGGAGAACGUGCAAGAGACGCAGAUCUGAGGCCGAGGAUGGCCCGGGUCUUCCCCCCCGCCCCCGGCUCCCAGCCCUCCGGGUCUCCUGGCUCCCACUUCCCGGGGCCCGGCCCCUGGACGCGCGCGCAGGGUCGGCAGGAGAGGGCCGCUGAAGUUGGGGCUCCGGGCCACGCCCUACCCAUCCCGGUGCCCAGAGGGGACGCGGGGAUCUUAGAGAGGUGGCCGAGCCCCUCGCUUGGCCGCCUUGUUCUCCUGUCCCCCAUCCACCGCCUUCCAGGGAAGAGGAGCUUUUUUUUUUUUUUUUUUUUUUGAGCGGUGCCCUUUUUCCCUUGACCCCCACCCACCCAACCGCCCCUCCUUUUACGGUUCUUUUUUUUUUUUCUUUCUUUCUUUUGUUACAGUUUGACGCCUGUCCUUCCCUUCCACUCCUCCACCUUCCAAAUCCAAGAGACAAACGCGUCGCCACGGCGAUACCCCAUACCCCCAGUCCCCAGUGGGGACCCCCACUCCGGCUUGGCCCGGCUGGCGGUGGAAAGGAGGCCCCCACCGCCCGGCCCCAUCUGACCCACAGACUCUUUUGAUACUGAAGGAAGGUUUGCGUCAAUGACUACCUGCUCUGUAAUUACUUUAAAAAAAAA